AUGAUGGCAUUCCAUUUCCCACGGAUGCUUGCUUUCCUCGCUGUUGCGCUUGUGGCGACCCAUGCUGCUUUACUACCUGAGCUUUACUGGAAUUCAGUUCUGCCCAACACUCCAAUGCCUCAAGCUGUCAGAGAUGUGCUACAUCCAGACUUUACCGAAGACAAAAGUACCUCGGUGUCCGUAGGGAAGGGAGGAGUAGAUGUUGACACAGGAAAAGGAAAGCCUGGAGGUACUUCUGUUGGUGUUGGAAAGGGUGGAGUAAAUGUAAACACCGGAAAAGGUAAGCCAGGCGGUGGCACCAACGUCAAUGUGGGGGGAGGCAAAGGUGUUGGUGUUAACACCGGAAAGCCUGGGAAGGGAACCAGUGUUGGUGUUGGCAAAGGUGGAGUAAAUGUAAGAACAGGGCACAAAGGGAGGCCUGUUUAUGUUGGGGUAAGACCAGGGCCAUCACCUUUUAGUUACGUGUAUGCAGCCACUGAGACACAACUCCAUGAUAACCCAAAUGUUGCAUUGUUUUUCUUGGAGAAAGAUAUGCAUCCUGGCAAGACAAUGGACUUGCACUUCACUGAAAGCCAAAACGCAGCUACUUUCUUACCGCGCCAAGUUGCUGACUCCAUACCCUUCUCCUCCAAGAACUUGCCAGAAAUCUAUAACCAGUUUUCGGUACAACCCGGGUCAGAAGAAGCUGAGAUAAUGAGUGAGACAAUCAAGGAAUGUGAAGCUUCUGGAAUCAGGGGAGAAGAGAAAUACUGUGCAACUUCGCUGGAGUCUAUGAUCGAUUUCACCACUUCAAAGCUUGGGAAGAAUGUCCAGGCAGUGUCCACAGAGGUGGCUGGAGAAUCCCAGUUGUUGCAGAAGUACACAAUCAAGGGAGGAGUGAAGAAGAUUGCAGGCCAUGAAUCUGUGGUUUGCCACAAGCAGAACUAUGCCUAUGCUGUGUUCUACUGCCAUGCAACCAAAUCCACAAGCGCUUACGUGGUUCCCUUGGUGGGUGAAGAUGGAACGAAGGUUAAUGCAGUGGCAGUCUGCCACAAAGACACAUCAGAGUGGAACCCAAAGCAUUUGGCUUUCCAGGUGCUCAAGGUGAAGCCAGGAACUGUUCCGGUCUGCCAUUUCCUUCCACAAGACCACAUUGUUUGGGGUCCCAACUAG